AUGGAGUUGUCUCCAGAGUCAUGGAGGGUUUUAGGGGCCGCGGCCGCGCUAGGCCUUCUACUAUGGCUCCUCACUCAUAGAGCCCUCAAAGCUAAGAGUGGAAGCCUUAGAAGCCCCCCAGCGGUGCCAGGGUGGCCAGUUAUCGGGAAUUUGCAUCAAAUGAAGGGCACGGUGCCUCACAUACUCUUCACCAAAUGGGCUCGAAAAUACGGUCCCUUGUACACCAUCAAGACUGGGACGACCACCCUUGUUGUUGUCACCUCUUCUAAGCUCGCCGCAGAGGUCCCUCUCUCUCCCUCUCCCUCUCUAAAUUAUGUAAAAUCUGAUGCAUUCUUGAUAUCAUUUGAUGAGCAUGAAAAGAAUACGAUCUUAGAUGUUUCAUUGGGGUCACAGGUGAUGGUGACGAGGUUUCCGUCAUUCUCGACGAGGAAACUCUCAUGGAUUUUCAUGUUUGUGACAGCAGACAAGUGGAUGGUGGCCAUGGCUGACUACGGGGAGCGCCAUAAGCUUCUGAAAAGAUAUUAUCUCUCUUCAGUCCUCAACCCAAACUCUCAGAAGCGUUUCCGUUGCCACAGAGAUAGCAUGAUCGAGAGCAUGUUACAUGAGCUGCAUGAGCAGGCAGCUGGUGCAGUGGUAAGCAUAAGGAGCAUGCUGAAGAGAGAAGCAUUGGGGCUAGCUAUGAAGCAGGCAGUGGGGAAGAACUAUGACACAUUGUAUAUUAAGGAGAUGGGUGGCAAUCUUCCAAAAACUGAAAUUUAUGACGUGCUCGUUGCCGACCUCCUGCUGGUUGCCGGCUUGGCUGACUGGAGGGACUUCUUCCCCUAUCUUUCCUGGCUCCCCAACAAAUCCGUUGAGAAGAAGGUCAAUGAUGUAUAUACUCGCAGGAAUCUUGUUACAAGUGCCCUCAUCAACCUCUACAAAAAGCGGCAACCUGACCACGACGAGGAACAUCUCUGUUAUUUGAGGUUUUUGCUGGAGGAGGCUCAGGAACUUAGUGAGAUGCAAUUGCUGGUUUUAAUAUGGGAGGCUUUACUUGAGUCCUCUGAUACCACUCCUGUUGUGGUCGAAUGGGCCAUGUACGAGCUUGCCAAGAACCAAGGAUGCCAGGAGCGUCUAUACGAAGAGAUAAAGAGUGUAUGUGGGGAUGAGAAGGUGACUGAAGAAAAUCUACCACACAUGCCUUACCUCAAUGCUGUGUUUCAUGAGACACUCAGAAAACAUUCUCCAGUCCCCAUUAUGCCCCUCAAAUAUGCUCAUAAGGACACUGAGAUUGGGGGCUAUCACAUCCACAAAGGGUCUCAGAUUGCCAUCAACAUUUAUGGAGCUCAUAGAGAUGAGAAGGAGUGGGAGGAACCAGAGGUGUGGAAGCCAGAGAGGUUCCUGACUGGCAAGCAUCAGUUGCAAGACAUGCACAAGACAUUAGCUUUUGGUCUUGGCAGGAGGGCUUGCUCUGGUUCAAUGCAAGCCAUGAACAUUUCAUGCACUGCGGUGGCUAGGAUGGCACAAGAGUUCAAAUGGACACUCAAAGAAGGCCAAGGCGAUGAUGAUGACACUGUCCUCUUCACCACUCAUAAGCUCCAACCCCUUGAAGCAUACAUUACGCCAAGAUCUACUCUUUAAAAUUCAAAAAACCUAUUGUUUAGGUACCUUGUAUGAAGCCAGGGCAAAUUUUACAACUACUAAUUGUCAUCAAGAGCUUCCACAGAUCCUGGAAUAAGAAAUCCAUGGGCCUUUUAUUUAUUUCUUGUUUAAAGUGCAAAUAAGUAGAUAUUAGUUGGUCAUGAUAAGAGUGUAAAAUUACAUAAGCAUCUUAUAAUUUUCUAGGUUAUUAGCAAAUGUAUUGAAUAUGUCAGAGUAUGUAUUUGCUAUAAAUAAGAAAUAGCUUCUAAUGCUCAUUAAUGUUUUCUAAGUUUGGAUAAUCUUUGUUUUUUUACCCAUGGAAUCAACACUCUAAGAAAGAUUGUCA